AUGGGUGGAGCCAAUGACGAUUCUGCAUUGCCAUCCCCAAUCUCGCCGACGUCCGGUCAGGCUAGUCUGAGCCAACCCAUGGGUGCAUUGAAUUCUGCAUCCCAAUCGCAAUCCCACGCACCAGAGAUCCAUGCAGACACGAAACCUGGGAAUCAAUCGGUGCGGCCAUCCCUCAACACUCAAGCCACGACAAGCAGCGCGGACAGUUUUGCAUCGGCUGUGAGCACUCCGGUUAGUGCACGACCUGACAAGCCAGGUCGAGCACCUCCUCCUAUCCCCAUCGAUCCCGCAUCGGAUGUGCCCAAAGAAGAGUUACUUACUCCUGUAUCCCAAACAAACGGACAUAACAGCUACGACCAACCUGGGGCCAAAUCUACCACUGGUCGGGCUAUCACACACAAUCUCGACUCGCCCGAUGACUUGCAGACCCUAACGCCACUCCGUGCUCAUUAUCUCAAGAAGACCCUCAUAUCUUUACAAUUCUCUGAGGAGCUCAAGUUACUUACAACUCAGCCGUCCAAUCCAAACGUUUCGACACUUUCAUACCUCGGCGCUCCGUUCACAACGCUCCCACGAGAUGUCCCUCGACAGGAUCUACCAUUUUUACGCUUUAUGUUCCGACAGUUCGCACUUACAUUCCCAUUCCUGGCCGCAGCACCCAAAGAUUUCUUCCCCAGCAAACUACAGCCAUUCAUUGCUUCAGUGGUUGCCCGAAACCUUUCGUCCGCGACCAAUUUGUUAGAGGGGGAUGACGAAGCACAAGCAAAUGAUGGUCAGCAAAUGCUAAGCAAGGCCGAAAAACAUCUCUCGCUACUCUUUGGGGCUUCAAUGAAGCUUGUUGAGAACGAGGAAGUUGUACGACUUAGUCAAGCCGACUUGGCUCGAAUCGAGAAAGCGGCUGAACGGCGCCGAAGGAAGGCUGAAGCCGCGGGAGGCAAGAGACCCGAAGUGUUUGAUAUCAACGUUAUUGCUGUUCGUGCUGUCACAGAUAAGGGGAGGGUGAGGUCAAAAGUCCAUGAGGAAUUCGUCAUUAGGACACGACGCACGGGACAGCCAGACGUAUUUGUCUCUAGGAGAUACGGUGACUUUAAAUCUCUUGCUGACGAGCUUCGGAAACAUCAUCCGAUGGAGGAAAUUCGCCCUCCACCACCAAAAGAUCGCAGUCAAGUAGUAGUGUCAACUCCCACAAAUAACGGAUUCUCCAUUCGCUCAUAUUUAUAUGGGAGUGGGACUGGUGCCUCCGCCCCGACUUCGGGUGCCCCAACAUCUCCAGUCCCUACUAAUGACUCGGUCGAGACUCUUGGAUCGCUUGGGUCGCCUACAUCGGCAUCUAUGCAAUCCCAGUCCCUCUCUCGCGAGAAAAACCGCUUGACUUUGCGAGGAUAUUUGCAUGGGCUUUUAUCUCACUCUUCGGUUAUCGCAAGUUCUCCAGUGCUACGCAGCUUCCUCCUAAGCGGCCCAAUCCGUCUAACUGAUGAGGAACGCCGUGAUUCCGAGCGCCGUGAAGAGGCAGACAGGGUUCGUGACGAAGGAAAGAAAAAGUUUGCCGAGGAAAUUGCUGCACGCAUCGAAGCUCUAAGGGGGGCUGUGAGAGGGGUUCGAGGGGAUAUGAUGGGUGCCGACGGUCUCAGUCGUAUUUUUGCUACUAUCAAAGCGACCCAGGAUGUACGCGACUUACCAGCGGACUACAAGGCUGUAUUAGAAUGGGCACGCAUCUCGCUUGCUUCUACGAUAUUCCAACACCUUGUUGCGGCCGAUUCUGCAUCAGAGACAUUGGCGAAUCUCAAGCGUUUGCACGGACUGAUGCCUUACUUCGUAAUGAAGGGGAUUCUCAAAGUCAGCAAUCCCAUGGCAAUGAUUAGAGGGAUGCUUGACCUGUUCCUAGCAACUCCAUUCGGCGGGAAGAGUUUACUUCAGAGAAUGUUUACAAGCUCGCUCUCUGAAGAAGUAAGGGCGCUGCAAGAGGAUAUUCAAGCCGUCGAGGAUAAGGUCGAUGACCCGAUACUCUGCGAAAAAAUAAAGCAAUUUAUCAAUGCACCUUCGGACGUCCAGAAAGUCUUCAAGGCCGACGCAGCGGCUGAGAAAUUGAAUAUCAUCUCGGUCAUCCUACGAUCGGAAGCCCCACCGACACUCAAUAGACCACAGCUUCAGCGUGUGAUGAGAGCCAACCGAGCUCACGCGGAGUAUAUGCGUCAUAAGGCAGACUUGAGCGAUUCGGAUGAGGACGAAGGGCCACAAAACGAGGAUGCGUGGUUGUUUGAAGAUUUGACGGUUUUGCUCAAGUUAUAUGCACGUCUUAGAGACCGCGAACAAUUGAUUGCCCUGAUAUUCGAGGCAAGUAAUCUUGUCAAAUUCUAUAUCAUUACAAUUUUCUAUACGCCACUCGCACAAGUUUACAAAGCUGCCAGCAUUGCCGACUCCCUUGGAGAUUUGCAGAACUUUAUCAAUGAUCUAAUUAGAACAGUUGAACAGAUAGACGAAUUGGGCCAAUUAAACCCUCAUCGUACUGUACAAGCAUUUAUCGACCUAGUUGCAAGACACGAACAAGCAUUCUACUCAUUUGUCCACAAAGUUCAUUCCAAGGGCGAGGGUUUAUUCGAUAGCCUCAUGAAGUGGAUUGAGUUGUUCAUUGGACUCAUGCGCGAGGGCCUCGGAAACCCCAUCAGCAUGGAGUUUAUCCUGCCUCACGCCGGAGGCGAGGAACGAGCACAACUCAUUCGAGAGAUCGACUCUGUCGCGCUAUACCACUACAAACUGAAACUGGCACACGAAGACAAGAUCCGGAAGCGAUUUGGACGAAGUGCGAAUGCCAAUGCCAGUGUUGAGGACCAGGAAGAGGCCGCUGCUCAAGAGUUUAUGGCUGACCUCGCGCGCGAUAUGCAAUUCAGUGAUGUCGUUCGGGGAGAUGCUGGUGAAAUUGCCGCAAUGGAUUCAGGGAGUGGUAGCAGCGAGUAUGACAGCGAUGAGACUGACGAGACCGAUUCUACGGAAGAAUCCGACUCGGGCUCUGGAACAGGAACUGCUGAGAGUGUGGGGGAUAGAAUACCUCCUCACUCUGCACCACUACCACGCCAGGCGCCAACAAAGGGCCGCGCAUCACUUGAUGUCCCCUCUCCUUCAAGGCCUAGCGGUCACUCGGGAUUGCGCCAUACACGGUCGUUCAGUCAUGAACAACGCUCUCAUACCAAGAAAGAGUCUGCAGGAGGACGUGCCCCGCUUCGUUCAUCACCGACUCCUCAACGUCGUCGAAAAGCACCACAGAUACUUAAGGAGCCUGAGCUAAAACUGCUGCCAGAGCUGCUUCCCCUUUUUGUCGAACUUGUUCGACCUACACUCCAGCCACGUUCAGUUUAA